AUGCUUUUUCAGCCCAGCAUCAAUGUGGUCUACUUAGUAUUGUUCAUCAUCAUUGGAGUUAUUCUGGUAACGAUCACGAUCGAUUUCGUAGCCGCAGAAGUCAUCGACCGUAUUCAUUACAUGGGACGUCAUGUGGGAAAAGCUCGAGAAAUCGCUGGGAAAAUGAUGCAGAUGGCGCAGUCACUCAACGUUAACAGAGGGAUUACCGGACUCACGACAGGAAUGGCACAGCUGCAAGCACUUGCUCGAUUCGGACUGCUGGGAAAAUUGGAUCGAGAGGUAAUCGAUCAAGGGCAAGAUGGUUGUGCAUUCGCUCCAUUUCUGGAAGACAUGGACUUCAUGGACAAUGUCUCGUACACGGCGGAUAUGAGAUCGCCCCGUCGACGCCCGCCAUCUCCACCAAACCUCUUCAUUCAUAGCAAUCCUCAUGUUUCAACUCAUCGUUCUAGAAAUAAGCCUUAG